UAGCGUUCGGUUUGUACAAUGGCCUCGUUGAACAACGAUUUUGAGGAAUUCUUUGGCUCAUUGCGGAAGGAAAAGUUGUCCUCUCGAGAAAUUGAUACUAUUUGCAAACCCUUGCAUGAUUACUUCCAAAGGGAAACAUUGAAAAAGUGGUCCUUAUUGGCAUUGACAUUGGUUUCAUUGUUCAUUGUGCUGCUGUGGUGUGAUAGCUGUACUUGGUUUCUUUCGGCAUUGGGUAGGGAGUUGCUUAUACAAAUUCUUCCUUUUUGGAAUUGGUCAAAGCUGUAUAAUACCAAAUGUUUGAUCGAGAGAGCAAGUGUGGAUCUAAUAGACAAUAGACCGUCUACACUAAAGGCAUCUACAGAUAAUGGAAAUUGUUUGUUGUGUGAACAUAUUGACUAUGUACCAACUGUAUCGAAUAUAACAUUCUCAUUUUUGGAAAAUACUUACCUCGAAAAAGGUCUACCAGUAGUCAUAACCGACUCGCAUGAUGCUCAGAAUCCCUAUGAUUUAUUUCAAACGAUUUUCGAUAACUCUUAUGCAUUCCUGCAAAGUUCACACUGUGAUGUCUCCACCAAUUUGAUAAUAAGAAAGUUCUUCGAGGCUCAAAUUGUUCUACGCAAAGCAUGGAAAUUAUUGGAUACACCCGACAAAUGGUUUAUACAACUGAGGAAUUGUCAAUUUGCUGCUGUUAAAUCAUCCAGACUCUUUAUCAAACGCCCCUAUUAUUACCCUUUGCAUCUGGAGCCAUUCUAUUCUAGUUGGUUAAUUAUAUCGAACAAUUACAGUCAUCGCCAGUAUCAAGAAAUACUUUUGCAAGGCCUAAUCAUCGUCCAACAACUGUCUGGCUCCAACAAUUUAAGAUUGAUACCCAAGACUGCAUGUGAGGAGCUGUGUCCAGUCAUCAACAUUCAAUUGAAGGAAGGCGAGGCUUUUUUGUUUACCACCGACUUGUGGAUUUUGAAUUAUAAGUUGAUGCAAACGAAACAGGCGGGAAUUACCACCAUAAUGGAAAUCGAUUGGUCAGUUUGAGAUGUAAUCAAU